AUGCCCAGAUUGGAGCACAAUCUCCAGGGUCCGUCAGAUCAUGUCCCAAUCUGUACGGAUCUUGAUAUCAGUCCCAAACCACCUGGAUCUGGGCAAUGGACAAUCAAACCCAGAAGCGAGGCUGAGAAGUCUUUCAUUUUGGACAUUCUCCAGGAUCUUGCAGCUAUUCCUGUUGCAGCCCCGGCAACCAAGGAAGGUGUUGAAGCUUUAGCUGAUGCUAUUGCGACAGUGUUCUCAGACACGUGGCUCAUCCACUCAACCAAGUCUAAACCUACCAAGCGCUCCAAGUCCUGGUGGAUGGAUGAGCUUUACUUGAGUAGUUUGGAGGUUCUUACCAUGUUAUUGAGCCAUUUGCUGGCUGAUUACAACAAGUUCAAGAAGGCAUGUAAGGACGCCAAGCGUGACUUCUUCAAUGAACGCAUCACAGAGAUCACUACUUCUUGCAAGCGCCUGUGGGACCUAAUGGAAUGGGUCAAACAGCGCAAGCUACCACCCUGUGAGGCUAUUUACAAUGGCAACCAGCCUUGCCAUGAUAAGGAUGACCUUUGGGACACCCUCCAUGGCACAUACAACUUGGCCUCUGGUCACAAGUACGAUGCCUCAGUCUUAGAUGAGCUUCCUGAUGAGCUGGUCCAUGAGUGGGCUGACUUCUCGGAGCAUGAGUUGUUGAGUGCCCUUAAGAGGUGCUCCAACUCCUCUGCGCCAGGACCAGACCAUGUUACAUGGGUCCACCUAAAGGAGUUGCUCAAGGAUAAACACGUCCUUGCGCUCUUCAUUGUGUUGGCUAAUGCUUGCCUUCAGGUGGGGCAUUGGCCAUGUAUAUUCAAGGAGUCGCUGUCAGUUAUCAUUCUGAAGCCCAACAAGCCCUCCUACGCAGUCCCAAAGGCUUUCAGGCCUAUAGUACUCCUCAUCACUUUUGGUAAACUUAUCGAGAAGAUGAUUGCCAACAGGAUACAGUUUGACACUGUCAAACAUGAUAUCUUCCACCCAAACCAGCUUGGCACGGGGUGGGUUAAGGGUCUCCAGACUAGCGCACUGGCUUUUGACAUCACGCAGUUCUUUCCUUCUAUCAACCAUGAGAUGUUCAUGGCUGUUCUUCGCAAGCAAGGGUUCUCACCGGUUCUGGUGGAGUUCUUUACCUUCCAAUCCGACUCGCGGUCUGCGGAUGUGGGUGUCAGGCAGGGCUCUGCUCUCUCGCCUGUUAUCUCUGGGCUGUUCAUUGCUCCGGUAAUGAAGCUCUUCUACAUCAAAGCGGCGCUGCUCAACACGACGCUCCUCUUCUUCGUGGACGAUGGGACCAUUUUGGCCCAGUCCAAACAACUUGAUGAUAAUAAUGUGGGCCUGCAUAAGGCUUAUAAGAUUAUCUACCUCCUCUUUGUUGCUUUCACGCUCGUUCUUGAACACGACAAGACCGAGUUGUUCCAUUUUUCGUGCACUACACCUUUGAAGCCCAAGACCUAUUGGAGGUACUUGGGCUUUUACUUCGACCACGGGCUCACUUUUCAUGAGCACAUUCGCUACUAUGCCACCAAGGCAUUCACCACCGUGCAGGCCAUGCACAUGCUUGGGAACUCUACCAGAGGUCUUUCACCCAAACAGCAAUGCCUCCUUUAUAGAUCAUGCGUGGUUCCCAUUGCCAUGUAUGGCUAUCAUCUCUGGUGUUUUGAUGGCACCUGUAACAAGGGGGCCAUGAACCAGCUCAAACGGAUGCAGCGAAAAGCUGCUCUUUGGAUCACAGGUGCUUUCCGCACCUCCCCCACAGGCAGUCUUGAGGCUCUAGCAGGUCUCAUCCCCGUCCAUCUUAUGCUGAAGAAGUUGGCAACAUGCGCAGUGUAUCGUGUUGCCACCCUCUCAGACACCCACCCUCUUUGCUCAAUGUUGGGUGAGAGACUCCUCAAAUGGGCUGAACCUCACACCUGCUCUGCCGCUUUGAUGGCCCCAGCUAUGCGAGGGAAAGUCAAGAGCACUGUAAUGGAGGUGGAUGAGCGGGUCCACACCUUAACUGAGAGCUUUGAGCCCUUUGUGCCUGAAGCUCACCCUGGUGCCCAGUUACUGGACUGCUAUGCGGACCGUCUCUGCUUCAAUGAGCAUGAUCCUGCUCAGGAUAGGCACCCAUAUCUCAACGAGCUCAUCACCCAUGUGAGGGCUGACCCUUUAACAGUACUGGCUGCAGCUGAUGGCUCUGUCCCUCAGUCUAACCAGUAUCAGGCAACCUCAGCCGCUAUAAUCUACAAGGGACAUCGCGAGCUCCAGAGGACUCGCUAUGUCUCUGGCAGGGUUACUGCCCCUGAUGUGGAACUCAAUGUCAUCGUGUGCGCAGUGCGCCUUGCUGUCAAGCAGCCAAACUGCCAGCAUAUAAUGGUCUUUACUGACUCCAUGGGCUCGGCCCAUAAAGCAGUUGACCCCUCUGUACAUUCUGGUCAGGCUUUUAGCCUGUCAGUUUGUCAUGUUCUCCAAGAGUGGUUCGAGGUGGAUGAUUUCUGCUGCAUCACCUUCAUUUAUGUUCCAUCUGCUCUGCGGUGGGAUAUCCAUGGUGAGGCAUACAAGUACAUCACCAAACUUAAAGUCAGGGUUGAAUGUUGCAAGACGGACAAUUCAAUAGACGCGCUUUGCUCUCGAGCUGCGCACUCAAGCCUGGAUGCAUGGGGCUCCAUGUUCCAGGAUCGUAUCUACCGAGGCUCUGAAUUGUUAGAGCUUCAACAGCCUGAUGGGCAGCCGAUCCAGCCAUUGUACCUCAAUGGGGGACCUUGGCUUUCAUACUUCGGACACAGCAUCACUGAGUUUGCUCAUGUUUGCCAGUGCAUAACUGGCCACGUGCCCAUUGGAGCGUACUACCGUCACUUCAAAAUCAAUGAGCCUCAUGGCUGCACUUGCGGGGCUGCUUUGUAA